CUCUGGUUGCGCAUACAAAAGGUUGCAACGCAAUGAUGAUCACAAUCGGAUCUUCCGUCGCCAUGGCACCACUACCUCCCAUGAACGUGAUCGAAAAGAUCUUAUGCCACCACGCCGUGGGUCUCUCCGUCCCGUGCGUCCAGGAAGGCGACGUCAUCUGCGUCAAGUCGGACUGGACUCUCGCGAGCGAACUCACGUUCCAAGGCAUGGACACACUCUACUCGUCCAUCGGGCGGCCGCCGCUGCAUCGUCCGGAUCGUUUCUGGCUGGCCGUGGAUCACACCGUCGACCCUCGCGUGAACCAUCUCCCCAAGCAGAAGGCGCUCAUCCAAGUAGCGACCGAUUUCGCCGAGGAGCAUGGAUUGACUGACUUUUGGGGACCCAACACCACCAUCAUGCACACAGAAUUCGCCCGACAGCGCGCGCAACCAGGCCAAAUCGUCAUUGGCGCCGACUCGCACACAUGUAGCGCCGGUGGCAUGGGGGCAUUCGCGACUGGUCUUGGCGCGGGGGACGUCGUCAUGCCGCUGGUGACCGGCCAGACGUGGUUCAAAGUUCCUCCGGUUGUGUACAUCGAGCUCGUGGGCACGCCUCCCCUCGGCAUGGGCGGGAAGGACGUGAUCCUACACAUCCUCGGAGCCCUCAAGCGCAACACGGUGGCCUUCGAGCGCGCGGUUUACUACGGCGGCGACGGCCUGCGCCACCUCUCGGACGACGCGCGCUUCGCCAUCGCCAACAUGACAACCGAGUUUGGCGGUAUCGCGGGGGUGUUUGCUGCCGACGCGGUCACGGCGGCCGUCUGCGCCAAGCGAAGUUCCCACAAGGACGAAGGGCUGUACUUUACGCCGGACGCCGACUGCUCGUACGCGGCGCACCACGUGAUCCGCCUCGACGACGUGCGAACCACCGUGGCCAUCCAUCCGUCGCCAGACAACUGCGUCCGGAUCGGUGAGGUCGCUGGCAUGGCUCUGGACGGAUGCUUCAUCGGCGCCUGCACCACGACCCAGGAAGACCUGAUCUUGGGCGCGCUGGUCUUGCAGCAAGGGUUGCUGGCUGGCCUCCCCAUCACGCCCGGCAACAAGCGGGUGACCCCGGGCUCCCUCCAGAUAGUUAGCCAUCUCAACCAGCUGGGGCUUCUGUCAAUCUACGAAGCGGCGGGGUUCACCGUCGGCGUCCCGUCGUGCUCGUUCUGCGUCGGCAUUGGCGCUGACGUGGCACUCCCUGGUGAAGUCUGGCUGAGCAGCCAGAACCGCAACUUCCGCAACCGGAUGGGCAAGGGCUCCAUCGGCCACCUCGCGUCCGCCGCCGCCGUCGCCGCGUCCAGCUUCCGCAUGCAAGUGACAGAUCCUGCUGAUCUGCUGGGGCAGAUUGAUUUUGCCCUGUUUGACGCGUACCGCCAGUGGAACACCAGCAACGACACAGCGUCACACUCUUUUACAGUGUCACAGCCGUCGCCGGACCUGUCGCCCGUCGUGUUCACCCGUCCUCCUCCUCGGGUGGCGACGACGUCCCCGUCGGAGGCUGAUCAGACAUCGGAACCUCAUGCGAUUAUAUGUGGCCGCGUGCAGGUGUUUGAAGACGACGUCGACACGGACGCGAUCAUCCCCGCGCAGUUUAUGGGUCUGAACCCGUCGUCACCGCUGUGGCCGGCCGACUGCCGCACCGAGGAGGACGUGCUCGCGAGCUACUCGUUCGCGUACACCCGUCCGGAAUUCGUGCAGAGGUGCCGAGACGGCGCCACCAUCAUCGUCGCAGGCACCGCGUUUGGCUCGGGCUCGUCGCGCGAAGAAGCCGCGCGGUGUCUCAAGGCCCUCGGCGUGCAGGCUGUGAUCGCCAAGUCAUUUGCGUACAUUUACGCGCGCAACCAGCCCAACAACGCGCUGCUGGGUAUCGUGAUCACGGACCCCGUCUUCCACAAGCUGGCGGUGGAAGGCGCCCAAGUGUCGGUGGACCUGCCGCGCCGCGUGGUGCUGGUGGCCGGCCAGUCGUUCCCGUUCGCCCUCACGGCCCUCGAAGAGGCUUUUCUCGUCGAAGGAGGACUCACGCAGCUGUUUAAGCGGUAUAAAACUGACCUCUUCCGUGCCGCCAUGCAGCCCAAGACAUCCAAUAAGUCUUGCCAGGCCACAUGUGGCGAUAGCGUGGAGGCGUGGUAGGAAAGAUAUAUGUCGAUACAUAGUGUAAAUUACAACUAGAGAACCAUACGUCACACA